AGUUUAAGGAGAAAGAGAGGGACACGGAUCCUAGGGUAUAAAUUGAGACGAUGUGCUUGUGCCCGUGCAAUAUGUGGGGGCACUUGGUUGCCUCGUGCGCGCGAAGAAUGGGCAAAGGUGCGAGAGACGAAGUUAUCAUAGCCAAGGAGAAGUGGAUCCAGAGGCUGCACCGCAAAAUCUGCAACGCCUGGGAUGAAUUUGGACCUGACCACGGCCCAGUUAUCCGAGUUCCUGAUACAUUGGAGGACCAGCCGAAGCAAGGCCAUAACGAUGCCUCGUCAAAUGGCAAUCCUGGGUUGCCUCCUCACGUUCCGUACCACAGCGCCUCGAACUCCUCACGAAAUUCUGCUGAGUUUCUGUGGUCUGCUGCUACGCUCGACCAUCGUUCCAUUUCAGUAGAUUCGUCUCGUACCUCCGGUGAUCCGAGCGAAGCGUCAGACCCCAGCAAAAAUGCUUCUUCGAAAUAUUCCUGGCCAAAAAAUCGAAUCGUUCGUCAACCCAAGUGGCUGCAGGACGUGCCCGACAGAAACAUUGUGGAAGCGUUGAAAUCCAGAGGGGUCGAUGGUGGAUUUUCCAUCAGAAGAAGUCAACGUGGUGGAGAUAUUCAGCCUUAUACACUGUGUGUGUAUCAUUUUAAACGGGUGUUCAAACUGGAGAUCAGGGAUGAGAAUGGAUGCUAUAGCAUUUCGCAAAAUCCAGAUAUGCCCAGUUUUGAGUACCUGGAGGACCUUGUGGAACACUACAGGCACAACGACUUGCGACUCAUGCGGCGAACGAAAGAAAAAUUUGCAGGAGACGCCAAUGAAAAUACCAUUUUGAUCAAAUUGGUAGACUGAUCAAUUGCACCGCGUGAUUACUGACUUAUUAUGUUUUGAUUUAUUACAGUUGAAUGUGUAUCACACCCUCCCCCGCCCCUUCCCCACUUCUCAGUUUUUUGGAAAAAGAAAAUUGUAGGAAAACUCUGGUAAUGAUGUUGAAAUGCGUGUUGGCGUAAUUCAAGUCCGUCGAUCUGUGCUGAAUUUUAGCUCCCGGUGGUCGAAACAUUUUUGAAACAUAGGUUUUUGAGAAAAAAUCUUAUUUAUUAUAAUUAUUUGCAGUUUACUGCGAAUCGUCCUUAUGAUGUGAAUUCAACUUGCGCAGUUAAAAAUUUUGAUUUUUCAUCUGAAAAGAAAAGGAUGGAAUUGGUAUUAAUCGAACAAUUUUUUCAUUUUGAAGAUUAAUUUGAAGAGAAUUUAUUCCUUCGCAUCCUCUAUACCGUCCGCUUCUUCAUUUUGCAUUGUCGCAUCUUGACGGUCUGGAUUUUUUUUGUGUCGAAGUGUUUGUGUUUAUGUAUGAAAUACUUCGAGAUUGAUGUGGCUCUAGAAAGAUUUUUUGUGCGACUGACUGAAGUUACUUGUCAUCAUUUUGUGAAAUUAUUCAGAAUUGAAAAAUUGACGGAAGACUUCAAAUAGUGUGUCUCGUAUUAUUUAACUGAAUAAUUUUGCAA